AUGUCACCCCGGCCUGAAAUCCUGGCUCCGCCCCUGAUCUUGAUUUACUCUUCCACGCUUACCAAAUGUCUUGGAAGGGCUGGGAGUUACCCACGCUUUACCCCACCACACGUGACCUGCCUGCAAUGAUGCACAUUUUAAAUUGAUGGCCUUCGUAGUUACUGAUUGGCCGUUGUCUUAAUGUCUCUGCGAACUCUAUCGGUGGGUCAAAAAAAACACUUUAUUUUACAAGGCAAGCCCCACUGAGCUGUUUGCAGUGGCCGACUGGGACUAAAAAAUCAGCCCAAGCAUUUGUAAACACACCGCCCAAAAUUCGGCCGAUAGAGUAGCUAGGUUUUGCGAUGUGACGACGUGUUCGCAUAAUUUUGCCAUGCGAUCCCAUUGGACCUAUUUGGGGCUGGGUCCAAAAAAAACAAACGGGCCGGUGAGGAAGGAUCUCUGGGGAUGCCGAAUAUGGGAACUUCAUUGAAACUGAGAGCGUAAAUAAGUAAUGAAGCAUACGCAUUAGAGUUAAAAUGUAUUUUUACUCUGAUCACAUUUGCAAUUUCCUCACACAGACCGGCCCACAAGCUCUUAGGAUGGACCGGCCCACCAGGCAUUUGUCCGCACUGCCCUAUGGGUAAUGCAGUGGCGUAACCAAGUAAUUUCAUGGCUGCACCCUCACCUGUAUCCCUGUUUAUACACAGGUCCCUCCCGACGGGUGAUGGCCACCCAAGCUGUGAUCCGCAGACAGAAGCCGCUGCUGAAACGCUGGCUGUCGUCGAACAUGAGCUUCCUGCUGGAUGCGCUCGACAGCAAGGAGAUUAUCUCACGCGACUUCUACCACUCGGCGAAUGACAUCCAGAAUGGCGGCGAGAGGGCUGGCUACGUGCUGGACUUCAUCAUCGACACGGGUCUGGUGCACGAGCUUUUGGAGGUGCUCAAUGACGUCAAAGACCAGUACCCGCAGCUGCGCACGUGGCCGCCACUCUACUUCUGCUCGCCGACCAUCAACCGCGACUCGGUGAACCCGUGGCUAGACUGCAACGCGGACGGGAGGACGUUGACGGCCACCGAGCUGCACCAGGGCUACCCUGAUCACAGCGAACGCUUCGCCGAGUGGAAGGUGGCGCUGUGCUCCGAGAACUUCUCAUCGGGCCGCCACUACUGGGAGGUGUGCGUGAAGCAGGCGCAGAUUUUCCGCGUGGGCAUCGCGUACGCCGUCAUAUCGCGAAGGGGCUCGCAAUGUGAGACCUGGCUGGGCCUGAACAGAGCAUCGUGGUGCUUGUGCCGGAGGCCCAAUGGUUAUUUCGUGGCGCACGAUGGCAUUGAGACCCCGCUGAACAUUUCGCAGCUGGAGAAGGACAAGAUCGGGGUGCUCGUGGACGUGGACCAGGGCUUGUUAUAUUUUUACGACGGUAGUACCGAGAGUGUGCUGUACAUGUUCCGCAUCGGCCACUCUGCAGGCAGCGUGCACGCCGCGUUCAUGGUUGGCCAAGGUUCGAUCACGAUCGUCGCGUAGCAGGGAGCACUCCCAGAGUGGCCACUGUGACUUGUGCAUCGCAUUGACUUUCCGAUACUAACAUAUUCCCAAGAUGAUAAGACCCUCCGGAAAGUAAGACGUAACCCCAAAGUUGUGCUUGGUGUCAAGACUAUAAGAUGCACAGCGACUUAUUCUUAAAAAAUGUGUAUCUUUCUCUUUACGCUGCAGAACUCUGUGUAAUUACGGGCAGCUAAAACUCAAGAUUCGAACCCACGACCACGGCAGUGCUGGCUCAGUGUUUUGACACCCUGAGACACUCGAUCACGACAAUUAACGCUUGUGAAACGGUCAGCCAAAGUCGUCGCACUAGUUACGACAUCCUCUUCGUGGUUAUUGACUGCCCAGUGUUGAUGUCAAUAAGUGGGUGUGGUAACAUCAGCUGAGAAUUUAAAUAUCUUAAGUGGGCUAUCGAGAGUUUAAAUUAAACUGGCGCCGGUUAUCCAUGAAUAUAACACAUUCCUGCGGAGGGAGCUGGUAGGAACGUUGGGUUGCUCGGUCAAUGGCCAGGGUCAACGGCGGCACCACCACGUGGUGUAUUCCGCAAAUA